AUGCAACAAGUCCCUCCUGAGAUUAAGGCUAUGAAUGACCAGCUGCAGGUUAUUCUUAAGGGUAAUCAGGAACUGGGUAGUAAAAAGAGCAAGCUGAUCGAGGCUCGCCGACGACUUGGUGCUCAGAAGAGCGAGAAUGAGAUAGUGCGAGAUGAAAUAAAUAAACUAGAACCGGAUUCUAGGGUUUUUAAACUCAUUGGUUCUGCUCUUAUUCUCCAGGAUCAGAGCGAUGCCAAGGCGAUUGUAAACAACCGACUUGAUUACAUUAAUGGUGAACUAAAAAGGACAGAUGCUUCCAUUGCCGAAUUGGAGAGGAAGGAGAAAGAGGCCCAACAAAAAGCUGAGGAGUUGUUCCGCAAAAUGCAGGCAAAGCACGCACAAAUUCAGCAGCGACAACAACAGCAGCAACAACAAUAA